AUCGGUAACAGUAGGAAUCCUUUCGAUCGUCGAUAAUGUAGGAUAGAAAAGUUAGAUUAAGAUAGAAAGAGAAAGAUAAAAAGAAUGAGAUAAGCGAUAAAGUAAAUAUAAUAGUUCGAAUGUAUAUCGACGGUAUGUGUCAUUGAAAUUUGCCCUCUAUCGGCGUGUCCUCGCGUUAAUUCGAUCAUCAGGUGUUUGAAAGAUUUACACACGAAGAAUAAUAGUUGUUUGCUUCAGCCUUUCCGUCCUUUUCUUAUUCUUCUUCUUCGACAAGUGUGUGCGUGUGCGUGUGCGUGUGUUUUGUUGUGUCGAGGUGCGUACGCACGCGUGCGUACGCAUAUAUGUAUGUGUGUAUCUCUCUUGGGAUUAGUUGAAUUAAAUUUAUUCAAAAAAAUAAAUGAAUUUUCGAAAGCGCGAGAAGAAAAUAAUAACAGGAAAAGAAGAGAAGAUUUCAAAUGACAUGAAAUAAUUUUAAAUGUUAUCGUCCAAUCACAAAUAAUCAGUUAAAUGGUAAUCAGUUAAUGGGACAAGUUUUUCUCCUCGAAUAUUAUUUAUCAACGAAAUAGAGAGAGAAGUACUUAAGUAAAGUAUAUCAACAAGAAAACAAAUAAGAAAUAAGACGUUGAGUUUAAAAAAAAAAUUAAAAGAAAGAUAGAAAAAAGGAGAAAAAAGAAAGAAAGAAAGAAAGAAAUAUAGAAAAGGGAAACUAAAAGGGGAGUUAAUGUUGAUAUCAAGUGGGACAAGGUAAAAGGAAACGAACGAACUAAGUUUUCUCGUCCUCUCGAUCUGAUCACGAACGUGGACGCGGAUGUUCUUACUUAUGUUUAGUUAAUUACGGUCGAUCCGUACGACGUAAUAUAAGUGCUAUGACGAGUUUAAACUCUUGCCCGGAUAAAAGUUCAUGUCAUCGUGAUGACUCCUCGAGGGAUGCUGAAUUGGAUGUUAACAAGUUGGAGAAUAAACUUCCAGAGGAACUAUGCCGCUUAAAUUCACAAGUUGCUGGUCAUUACUUUGAUAACGAAAAAAAUUCGAUAGGUAUGUUACGUACUCCAUUGGGUCGUGUGUUAAAACCUAUCAUUAAGCCUCAUCUCGGUGAAAGAGAAAUAACCUUCUAUGAGAAUUUAAAAAGCUCUCAAGACGAGACGACCUUGGAAUUGAGAAAUCAUGUGCCCGAAUAUUUCGGUACGACGGAAAUAUUAUACUCCGAAAAAAAAAUACAAUUCGUCGUCCUGCAAGAUAUAACAGAUGGCAUGGCUGAACCAUGCGUGAUGGAUAUCAAAAUUGGUAAACGUACGUGGGAUCCUUUGGCUAGCGAAGAAAAAAAAAUUAGCGAGGAGAGGAAAUACGCGCAAUUGAAGGAAGCUUAUGGCUUUUGUAUCACAGGUUUUCAAGUUUAUUGUCUCCCGAAUGGCGAGCUUAAGAAAUUUGACAAGAAUUAUGGCAAGAUGCUAACUCCCGAAGGAGUUGUCGAAGCAUUGAAGAUCUUUUUAAACGUGACACCACAAAGGCCAAAAGUGUAUCGUCUGCUGAUCGUCAAAUUAUUGUCUUUGCUUUGGGAGAUCCUCGUUAUAUUUCGUAAGCAAACAAAUUUUCGUUUCUAUUCGAGUUCGCUGUUGAUCGCUUACGAUGCUGGAAGGUUGCGUUAUUGCUUGCAUUUGGAAAAAGAGGAUAAGAAGGAAUUAUCGAGGUAUUGUCAACGUGCCAAAUCCUUUUCUUCAACAUUGUCCCCGACAAUGGAUAAGGAGAAGAAUUUGGACAAGGAUCAAAGUUGUUCAUCAAAAGAUACAUCAGCACCACCAUCACCAACACAAAGUGUAUCAUGUUUACGAAGAAAGGUUUUAGAAAAGACGCGAUCGUUGAAACGUAGCGUGAGUUUACAAUUCGGUAGUAAGGAAUGUUCGAGUUCUUUUGAAAAGGAUAAUACUACUAAGGAGAAUAAGAAAUUAUCACCCAUUUUAAAAAGAAACGAUUCCUACGAUCCAAAUUUUAAAGUAGAUAGACUGUGUCGUACCCAUUCACAAGUUCAUAAUUUCGAUCAGGAGUUAGCCAAUAUGAAGGAGGAUUACUUCGCACUUUUGAACGAACUAAGUAAUACAUCCGAGGACAAGAACAAUUGGGUCAGGGUGAACAUGAUCGAUUUCACUCACGUCUUUCCUGCACCAAAUGAGACCGCAGGCUUGGACUUCAAUUAUCUCGAGGGUAUUGGAAAUUUGAUCAAACUUUUCGAGACCUUUCUUACAUAAAAAGAAUAAAAAAAAAAAAAGACAAAAUUACGAGAAAAAACGACAAUCCAUCUUGACGUUUAAUAACACGUAAGAAGAAAAUAUUACGAUCAAUGAUCUAUAUAGAGACAUAUAUGUAUAUGAAUAUGUAUAUGUUUAUCAUGUAUUAUAUCUAUACUUGAUGAUCCUGUUAAACCAUUUUUUUAACGAAAGUCUAUACAAGACUGGAAUUCAUUACCUUUAGUUUCUUCUUCUUCUUCUUCUUUUUCUUUGGUAAAUAUGAGAUAUAUAGAAAGAGAAAAGAAAUGACUCGU